AUUCAGACAUCAAAAUCAAAUCAACUCGACUUGAUUCUGAAGCUCCAGCCGAAGCAACACUCCCUAAAAUGAAGGCAUUCACUCUUGCAGUUGCCGUGGCCAUCGUGGUGACAGUCAUCGGGGUUCAGGAGGGCUCUGCUGAUCUGAUCAUCGAAGGACCUGAACUGAUGGACGGGCUGACUAAUGGCAGCCCCGUGGCUGUUGGACAAGACAUGCCAGAGGACUCCUGGAAGAUGCCGUAUGACUCGGCCCAGAUGCGCCGCCGUCGCUGCCGCUUCUGCUGCGGCUGCUGCCCCCGCAUGAGAGGCUGUGGCAUCUGCUGCAGAUUCUGAGAAGCCCUGAAAAAAGCCAGGAGAUAAUUCAGCUACAAAAAAAA